UCGAAAAUGUUGUUGAUUCUCGGUUUUGUAAAGGGUUGAAAUUUUGUUGGUACUCUUAUAAAUAUCCCAUUGCAAUAAUCAUAACAUCCAUGUAUUUGCCUUUAAUAUCGAUGUUUGUAAUCUGAUAUCUUCAAUUAUGGCUACAGAUGAACCACCUUAUCUUACAAUUGGCACUGAUGUUAGUGCCAAAUAUAAAGGAGCCUUUUGUGAAGCUAAAAUAAAGAAAGUAAACAGAAUUGUUAAAUGCAAGGUGACUUUCAAAAAUAGCCUUGGCUCAUUUUUAAUAACGGAUGAUCAAAUUAAAGGACCAUUAAGAAUUGGUGCAGAAAUUGAUGCAAAACAUCCAGAAAAAGGCCAGUUUAUGGAAGCAGUUAUUAAUAAAGUACAAGAUUAUAGUCAAUAUACUGUUGUUUUUGAUGAUGGGGAUGAAACAACUUUACGAAGAACUUCUUUGUGUUUGAAAAGUGGACGCCAUUUUGCAGAAAGUCCAACUUUAGAUCAAUUUCCACUGACUAAUCCAGAGCACUUUAGUUCACCUGUUAUUGGUACAAGUAAACUCAAGCGCAAAAGAUCUACUAUGAACUCAUCAUUAGAUUAUGAGAGUAGUGAUGAUGAGAACAUCCCCCGGAAAGUACGAGCAAUUCGUGAUAAAGAGCAAAAUCCUGAUCUGGGGAAGGUAGUAUGUGUUGAUUAUGGUGAUCGUCGUAAGAAAGAAAAUUGGUAUCCUGGCUUGAUUGUACCUCAUCCUGCCCAGUCUACUAUUAAAAUAUCAAAAGAUGAGCACUUAAUCCGUUCUUUCAAAGAUGGAAAAUAUUACCAAGUACCUAAAAGAGAUAUUAGAGAGUUUAUAAAAGAUGCUGUUCAGAAAGUGGAAAACAACUCUUUAAGAUUAGCUGUGGAAAAGGCAACUAAUUAUCUUGAAAAGGACGAACUCCCUCCUCAUUGGGAUAAGGCCCUCUUUGCUGGUUUGGAUUCACAGUCUGCUGAUGAAGAAAGCCAUGAUUCGGAUUCUGAUACCUCUGAUGAUGAACCUAGUGAAGAAAAAGACAGAUUUGUUGCUCAACUUUAUAAGUUCAUGGAUGAAAGAGGAACCCCCAUCAAUAAAGCACCUGUUGUUAGUAAUCGAGAUUUAAACCUCUAUAAGCUUUUUAGAAUCAUGCAUAAGCUGGGUGGAUAUAAUAAGGUAACAAAUAAAAAUAAAUGGAAAACUGUGUACACCAGAAUGGGUUUGCCACAAUCUAAUUUGAAUGGCCCUAAUCAAAUCAAAGUGGCUUACAAAAGAUUUUUACAAAGUUUUGAAGAUUUUUAUCGCAAAUUGGGCUGUACCAUGGUAAGCAAUAGCCGUUCCACUAGGGGUCGUCAUAGAUCAGACCGUAACAUUAUGGUAACAAGAACAAGAGAAAGGGAUACUGCAUCACCAAAAGGUAGAAAUACCAAGGAUUCAAAGGAGAAGACUGCAAAUGAGAAAAAAGCUGAUGAGAAACCAAAAGUUCCUGAAAAAAAAGAAGCAAAGCAGGAAGAUACUUCCAAGGCUGCAGAAAAACCAAAAAGUCCAGAAAAGAAAAGAAUUGAAAAGUCACCUGAUGACAAAGAUGGUAAACAAAAGAAAGAGGAGAAAGAAAAACCAAGAUUAGUUCGUUCACAAUCUUUGACAAAGGAUAAAAAAGAAACCAAGCCAGAGAAGGCUAGAACUAGAGAAGAUGCUCGAAAAGAGAAGAAUGAAAGUCCAGAGAAAAAGGGAACUAGAUCAAACACAAAAAUAGAACCUCCCAAGAAGGAAAAGGAGGAAACUCCAAAAGAUAAAAAAGAAAAAUUACCAAAGGAAAAAGAUAAAAAAGAGGAAAAGCCUGCUGCAAAAGACAUCAAGGAUGAAAAGCCAAAAAUAAAGAAAGAAGACAAGCUUAUAAGGGAUCGAAAAGCUCUACGAGAAAAAAAAGUGGAGGAGAAGUCUCCCAAGGAAAAACGAGAGAACCCUCCUCGAGAAAAACGAGAACGAGAUUCAUCUCGAGAGGAUAAAGGGUCUCCAAAAGUUAAAAAAGAAGAUAGUAAAGUUUCUGAAGAGAAAUCACCCAAAAGAAAGAUCGAAAGACCUAUUCGAGAAAAAAUUGAGGAGAAAAGUCCAAAGACACGCCUUGAAGACAAGGCAGUUUCUGCAGAAACUAAUAAGAAACCUGUUGAAGACACUGAUGCAAAAAGUGUCAAAGAAGAAAAGCCAAUAAAAAGCGAGACAGAUGUGAAAAAAGAGGAGAUUCCAGCAAAAGAGAAGUUAAGACCAAAAUUAAGAGACAGAAAAGAAGACAACCCUACUAUUGGAGAUGAAAUUAUAAUUGAAGAAGUUGGAGAUAUGGAGGAAACAGAUGGACCUCCUCAAGAGGAGCUAGAAAAGAAAAUUAAAUUAAAAUCUGAGGAAGGGGACGAGCCACCUUGCAAAAGCAAGAGGAGAUCCAUGAAAUCUGAUGACAAAGAAGAUAAGGAAUCUUUGCAGGGCAUGAGUGAUUCUGAUGAAAGCUUUACAAAUGAUUCUGAAAAGAAUUAUGGCAAGGAGAUUGACAUAGGUGACCGAGUGAAGGUCAAGUAUGGACGUGGUCGAUUGCAGAAGGUGUAUGAAGCCAAAGUCCUCAAAAUAGACAUGGAAGGACCUGAAAAACGAUACUAUGUGCACUAUGCAGGAUGGAACACAAGGUAUGAUGAAUGGGUGAAGAAAAGUUAUAUUGUUGCUUGCAUUAGCAAUAAUAAGAAAGGUGAACAGAACUUAAAAAAUUCCUUAUCUGCUACAAAUCUAAAGAAAAUAGAUCGUGGGAAACCUCCUGGAAUAUCAAAUAAUGCAAAAUUGGAUAGAAAAAAUUCCACUAGUAGCAUUAGCUCUCGAGCAACCCGCUCUGAAAAAAAGGGAUCAUUACCUCUCUCCGGUGGUCUCGAGCCCAAAAAGAGAACUCGCAAAAAAUCUGGCACUAUGACCAGUACAACAGAUGUUUCCCAAGAAUCAGAUACUGAUGGUGCAGAUCUCAUGGAUUUGGAUGAUGAUGAUGAUGCGGAAAAUUCUGUUACUGCUCCUGAGUCAUUAUUCAAAGAAGAACUCUUUAGUGAUGAUGAAGAGAAAGAAAAGCUUGAAGAUGUCAAGCGAGGGGACAUUACUAAACUUGAGAAAGCCAUUUCUGUUGAGGAAAGUGUUGAUGACAGCAAAGACUUACUUUUUUGUCCCAUUCUGGAAGGAAAUAACAGUCCUUUCAAGGAGAAUGCUUCCACAACAGUUGAAAAAACUGAAAAUAUGAUUAAAGAGGAAAAUUCGUCUGUAAAAGAAACCAACGAAAAUGCAGAAUCAAACCUUAAUUGUGAUAAAUUACCUAGGAAACCUGAGGAAAACUUAUCUAGUAAUGCUGAAUGUGAAUUUGUGAGUGAAGCUGAUGUCAGUUUUCCCUCAAACUCACUGCCAGAAAUAAAAAUAGAGAAAACUCCUGAAACUGAUAUGACUGGUUCUUUAAAUAAUUCUGCUGUAUCUCCUAACUCUGCAAAAUUAGAAAAAAAUUCUCCUAAAGUAUUAUUACCUACAGAAAGUAAAGCUGCACUGAGUUUUGCAGGUCUGAUUCAGAAAUCCACAACUGAAAAUAUUGUCUCAUCUCCAUCAAAAACUACAACUUUCUGUAAAAUAAUAAGCGCUGAAAGUAUUAGUAGUCUUUCAACAACAUCAGUUGAGAAACUGAAUUUAGAAAGCAGGAGUAUUACCAGUAAUAUAUUUAAGUCUGUAUCUAUGUUUGGAUCAAUCAUGAAAUCACCUCCUCAGUGUACUGCAUCAACUGAUACAUUUGAUGAAAAAUUUAACUCAAAACCGACAAAUAACAUAUUUAGUGGUAUUCUGAAAUCUGAUGAUACUGCUAGUAGUCAAAUAAGUGACUUAGAACCUGUAGAAAAACCCAAGUCUCAAGAUUCUUCUCAUAACAUAAAAAUUUCUGAUCCACUUACUGAUUCAUCAAAGGCAACUCCUCAAGAAAGUAAUGUAAGUACGGAAAUGAAAAAAGAGCCUGAAAGUAAGCCUUUGAAGUUCUGUAGUUCCAAUAUAGAAGAGAUAGAAAAUAAAUCAAAAGACAAGUUUGAUAUUUUAUUACAGAACACAAGUAACUUUGGUUUAAAUCCUCAGAAGUUGCCUGAAAUGAAGAACAACAUUUUUGACUUCUCUUUUGGCACACAUGCUAUAACAAGUGAAAGCUUAAAUUUGCAACCACUUCCCAGUACUUCAACUACUUCACUUUCACGAAUUCAAACAAAAUCUUCUGAUACUGUGGAUCUCAGCAGAAUGAUUCCUGGUAUUUUAGAGAGACUUGAAAAAGAUGUGGUUACUGACUCCAAAGAAUCAGUUUGCCUUCCACCACCAAAGGAAGAACUUGGUUUUGAUUUUUUACGGGGUUCACAGAACAUAUCAAAGCCUCUUUCUUGUUCAGAUUCAUCAAAUUCUCUGAAGAUUUGUGAAAGUGAUACUAAUGAUUCUAAUACUGAAUCUAAAGAUUUAGUGAUCAAUGAAAAAUUAGAAAUGCCUGUCAUUGUACCACCUGAUACAUGUAGUAGCUCCCUUGAUGAGAAAGGAGGAAGCAUUCAAAUUCCUGAAGUUGUGUCUGAAACAAGUUUGUUAACUUCUAGCAGUGCUAGUGUUUCUGAUACUUCUAAAGAAAAGGUGAGCAAUAAUCUGGUGACUAGUCAGCUUGCAUCUGUAAUAACAGCUGCUACCAUAGCAGCACCUGUGCUUGAAAUCAUUCCUCCGACUAACAAAGACAAAGAGACAGAUAUUCUUAAAAUACCUAUUUUACCUCAAGAAAAUAUAAUUCCUCCAAAAGACAAUGAAUCUCCUCUGUCAGAUAGUGGCAACUCUCUAAAAAACAAUGCACCUGCUGAUUUAAGCCCUGAAUUGCCUGUUGAAAAUUCUUCUGCUUCUCUUGAUAUAGUAGCAGAGAAAGAGGAUUCGCAAAAGAAAGAACCUGUUGAAAACGUACCUGAUAUGAAUGUUAAAUCUGAGAAAGAAGCUCUAGUUGAAGAAAUUAGAACAAUAUCCAGUUAUGCUCAAAGCAGUGUUAUAAAAUGUGUUGCAAGUCCUGUAGAAACUAAGAACUCGGAUGGUUCAGAAUCACCAGCCUUAAACAAAGAUGUUGAACCUGAAGUUAAACAAGAAGUGUUGGAAAAGAAAGAACCUUGUCCUCUGCAGACAUCAGGUCUCGAUGCUAUGGCAGAUGCUGCUGCAAUAAAAGAAGAUUCUGAUAUUCACAAUGUGCCUGAAGAAGAAUCAAAUCUACUGCCUGAUACAGUGGCUCAAGAGGGUGAUCAGUUUUCUCAAAUGAGCAAAAAAGAUAUCAAGAAGAAAAGGCUGGGUAAAAAGAUAGGGAAAAAAUUAGGCUCAUCAGAAAUUUUAGAAAAAGAAGAUAAGGAUUUAAAAUUGAGAGAGGGUAAAAGCAAAUCCAAAAAGCGUUUGAGGAUGGAAACAAAUGAUGGGAAAAAUUUGGACUUAAAAUCAAAAUCUAAGAAGUUGAAGAAAAAUAAGAAUAAAAAGCGUUUCUCUCGACAUGAAGAUCAGUUUGGUGAUGCCAUCAAAAAAUUUGAAUUCAAAGAAGAUGAUCAUCGUGAUUCCUUUUCAGAUAAAAUCCGAAAGAAAGAAAAGAAAAGGAAUGAAAAGAAAUUUUUGAAAUGUGGCAUAAAGCAUGAAGACUUUUUGGAUAAUAAAGGUGAAUUAUGCAAAAAGAAAAAGAACAAGAAGAAUCGAGAUAAGUUUGUGACUGACAAAAAGGACUUUUUUGAAAAGAAAACUAAGAAAAAGAGAAAGUGUCACAUGGAAGAUAAUCAGGACACAGAUUCAGAGAAGGAAUCUCCACCAAAAUUAUUAGACAAAAAAAGAAAGAAAGAGAGAAAAAAGUUCAAAGUAAAAGAUUGCUCAUCUUCCGAUGAUGCUGCUGAAAAGUUCUUCAAGGAGAAAAGCAAAGAUGUAGCUUCUACUUCUAGUUCUCUGAUGCGACAAGACUCCAAAAGUGAUGAUCCUGAUAUGUCUUUCCUAUUGUGUGAGGAAAAGGUUCCUGCUAGUCCAGCUGAAAUAGGUGAUGAUUCUUCAGGAUCAUCCAGCAAUGAAGAAGGGGAUACCUUGAAUUCUGGAAUGGAUUUACUUCCUAGUGGUUAUCCAUGUAGCAGUAGGGAGCCAUCCAAUAGUUUGCACAAGCAUAAUAUUGACAAUGUUUUGGACAAUACUCCUCCAACAACUCCAUCAAGUACAGAAUCACUUCUUUCUAGUUCUCCUUCUCAUGAGAGAGAUUCUUUCCCUGUCAGCUAUGCUGAGAACACUCAGUCUGGUGAAGGAGAGUCAGACUUGUUCCACGUCAGUACAAAUCGAACUGUUGCUCAUGGCAGUGAAGAAUAUCGUGCAGCAACCACACUUGCAUUUGCUGUGUGCAAGUCUGUAUCGGAAAAACCCAAAGAUGAAGUUUCACAAGGGUAUUCAAAAAGCCCAAGAAGUGAUCAUUCUCCAUCUAAAAGGAAAAAAAAGAGAGUUCAACGAUACUCGGAAUCUGUCAAGUCCCCAAAGCACAAAUCAUCCUUUACUCGAAUGUCCAAAGUGGAGAGUUACUGUGAAGAUUCUUCUGGCACUUCUCCGGCUACCUCCAGCUCACCUCCAUACUCCAGCUUGUCCUCCCUCAAUUUCAGCAAGUCAUUACCCCAUCGGCUCUCUAAUACAUCAGAAUCAUCUAGAUACUUCUACAUUCCUUUGCAUGAGAAGGAUCCUGAGAAGAGAAUAGCAGUCUUACAAGAUAAAAUGGCUGCACUUCGUAAAAAGUAUCUGGCUUUGAGAGCAGAGGUAAUAGCUAUUGACCACAAAAGAAGAAAAGCACGCAAAAAAAUCAAGGAAUCUGGUGGUAGCACUGCAAACCCAUCUGUGCAAUCAGAAGAUGGUCAAAGCUGCUCCUAACAGAGAAUUCAAGCCACUGUGUAAUUUUAAUGUAUUUAAAAAGAAGUGGAAAUAGAAGAGAUGAUGUUUUAAAGCUGAGUCUGACUAAAAAGAAAAUCAGAUUCUUUUUAACUUAAAAAUGAAGAAGUAUAACUUGUAUAAAUAUAUAUAUGUAUGUAUAUUUCAUUCUACCUAGCUCUGAAGUAAAUCAUGACUUUAGAUUGUUUUGAGAGAUGAAUAUAUUAAAUAUUAUAAAAUAUUGAUGGAAAAAAUACAUAUUUUGUUAGCAAGAUUGCUCAAUCUAAAAUUUUAAAUCUUUAUUUUGUCAUUUUGAUUUGAUGUGUCUAGUCCAUUUCUGCAAUAUAUUUUUACAAAUUAAAGAUUGAAACUUUUUCUAUGAUGAUAGAAAAUAAAAAUAGCAAAUAUUCUUCUGCCUCUAGAGGAAUAAUUCUACUUUUUUAUUCCUGAAAUGCCCUUAUUUUAUUAAUUGAUUAAUUUUAUUUUCAAAAGUUAACUUAUCCUUGUUUAUAUUAAUCUAAUAAAAAGACACACCUGAUUUUUAAAUAAAAUUGUAUUGUAGCAAUAAUUUUUUAUAUAUAAACUAGAAAAAAUAAUUAGUUUUAACAUACAGGGUGGUUAUAAUUAAAUUUCCCUUAUAAACAGCAUCAUACAAUGCAAACGGGCGAACGGAUUGCAACAAAAUUUAGUAUAUAAACUAUACACAGAAUUUCGAAACAAAAUUUUUAGUUCCAAAAUGUCCACCAGAGGGCGCCUUUACCGGAAAACAUUAAUUUUAACACAAUAAAUGACUAAAACGGAAACAGCGCCCUCUGGAAGACAUUUUGGAUUUUUUUUUUUUUUUU